AUGCCCUCGACACCGCCGUGGACAAAUGUGGUGGAGGGAUUGUUAAUGGAGUACGAGAAGGAGGUGGCGGAGAAGGUGUGGAGAGGCAGGAGGUCUGGGGCGGUGUCACCUGGCUAUGGUGGAGGUGUUUAUUCGACAAGGACCCGGAGUGGAAGGAGAGGUCACAAUUGGAAAGAAUCACAAAAAAGAAAGUUUGCAAAUGUUAAGAAACUAUUUAUUGGGAGGAAAGUUGUGACGUGUCUGUUAUUUGUUUCCUAA